UCAGCCAAUUUUCUUUUUUUUCUCGCCGCCUCUCUUUUCUUGAAAGGGAUAAACUAUUCGGGUCACUUUUUAUCCUUUCAGCGUGCCCGUCGCGGAACGCUCGCCUAUAGUAUAUUGUUGCACUCGUCGUCGCGUGCUCCUUAUCGCCUACGUUGGCGUUUAGUUGCAGAUACUUCUCAUCCUGCCAAGCAAGGUCGCCUUAUCGUCUCCACUCCAAGUCGGACAAGCAGUCAACGAAGAGUGCCGGCAACAGGAACGCACCAGUUCAGCAGACGAGAGGCUUAGGGAGUGACGCAUGCUGCAUACGUUGCCCGGCCUCGGCUUACGUCGAUUUCCGAGAUGGCGAAUUGAACGCGCGGGCACAUAUCGCGGGACUACUCAUAAGUGGUACAUUCGCGUUGCGGCAUUCGAAAGAAACUCGAAGCAUGGCCGUAGUGGAAGAACCGAAGCUGUCGUGACUCCGUGUUCGCGCAGGUUUUCGCGUGAGGCAAUGCUAGUGACUUAGUUGCGCAAGCACCCCGCGGCAACUUCAGGUUUCCUCGAUAAAGAAGACGUCACAAUCUUUUGUGGUCUACGGUCAGCGGUGCCUGGCACAGCGCGUUUUCCGCGACAUCCGCCCGGGUUUCAUCUCUUUCUCGCUGGGGCAGCAUCCACUGUUAUAAGGGUAAAAAAUCAACUUUAGCGAUGAGAAAUAAAGUGGACUGCCGAUGGGACGUGGCCGUGCUGACGUCUAUGGCCGGCUUCUUCGCCAUCGCCACCAACCGCAACAUGGGCUGGUUCUACGUGGUCUUCAUGGAGGAGUUUGGAAUUGACCGCCGAGGCGCUUCCUGGCCUGGGUCUGUCCUCACCGUUACUCUACGCUGCUCCGGUCUCCUCGUUUCCGUGCUCCAGAAGUACGUGCCACUGUACUGGAUAGGACUGGGGGGCAGCGUACUGCUCUGGAGCAGCCUUGUCGUAUCCGCGUUUGUACCGAACGUCGAAUGGAUGACGGUGAUGAUGGGAUUCGCCCACGGUACGGGCUCAGGAAUGCUGCUGGUAGCGAACCUAGUACUGAUCAUGCAGUACUUCAGCAAGUACCGGGGCAUCGCAGCAGGACUUCGUCUGUCCGCCAAUCCUCUCAGCGCGAUCGUGUUUCCAAUGGUGCUCUCGACGCUAAGAGAUGCCUACGGGUUUCGCGGAACGAUGCUUGUGUAUGCGGCCAUUACCAUGCACGUGACUGCCUUCAGCAUAAUGCUCAAGGAGCCGCCGUGGAUCCGUAGCAAGAGAACAAAACAAGAACUGCCAGCGAAUGAAAUGAGCGGUGACAACCUGAACAAGCUGACGGACGUCGGGCUUGAAUGCAACAAAUCGGCGCUGGACAAACAAAUCGAACCAAUGGGUGCUUCAGGAGCCAAUGGAAUAAUUUUAGAAAAACCUAGCGAGUACGACCUUACUGUUCCCGAGGCCGAGGCCUUAUUAGCCGACCUCAAGCAACCUAAAAGCAACGUUUCUUCGUGUAAGACUUCUCCCAGGCUAGCACGAAGCUCCGCGACUCCCAUUUCCGAAAUAGACACCCAUGGAGGCAAUAACACAACGUCUGAGCUAGACGAUAAAAAGUUAAGCUGUCAUGUGCCGCUGUUGAAUACAGACAAGCAAGUGGUCGUCAAGAUAAACUCGGAAGUUGCAAACGGCGACCACAUUGGGCAAAGGAUAGUGCAACAAAUUGGUCGUCGUAUCUCUACAGCAAGCUCGUUGACUAUCAGAUCCCUCCAAAGUAAUUGCAUAUCAGGCGAGAUAUACAAGUCCUCCAAAGAGCACGAAAGUGGACAGCAGAGCACUCGUAAUUCGGCCCCCGGAAACAGCUGGGCAUGUCUAUCUGGUCGACUGUUACGGUGGCUAGUUCAACGCGCAAGGCUUCCUUCGCUGGGUUUAGUCCUAGCCGUUGUGGGCUCCAUGUUGCUGGACUACACCAAUGCCGUACACCUUUCGACACUGGUGGACUAUGCCAGAGACUAAGGGCGUCUCGCACACGCAAGCAACCUUGACCAUCACGUAUGCCGCGGGCCCGGAAAUCUUCGGGCGCGUACUUCUGCCCUUCAUCGCUGACCUCGGCUGGGUGACCAGACCAACGUUGGCCUGCAGUUCACUGUUCGCCCUGGCACUUUUAUUCGCCACCACGCCGGAAACGACAGGCGCUGCCCAUAUUGUGCUUCGCGCGCUGUCGUCAGUGGCAAUGGCGGGCCUCCUGACGAUGAAGCAGGUCCUCAUAGCCGAUAACCUGGGCACAGAUGCCGUCGCUCUGGUUUCGGGAGCGUCGGGGCUACUUCUAGUGCCGGUGCUCUUUCAGCAACCCCAUUAUAAUAGGCUAUUUUCGUGACACGGCGGGUUCCUACGACAACCUAUUCAGGAUCGCAGCGGGCGUGCUCCUGUGUUCGGCAUUCGUGUUCGUCGGCGUUAUGGUCUCCGCGCGAAGGAAAAAAGCGACGGCUGAAGAGAAGGGCGACACCAGUUGUGCGGCGUGAACAUUCAAUCUGCGCUGCGCGACAGCACACUGCUCUGCUGGACGUUGUGCACUGCGCUCUUCCGUGUGCUGCAAUGGACCUUUACGCGCAGCGGCCACAUCGCGAGUGACUACUUAUACGGACGGCAACCAUGCCGUGAAUCUGGGAUUUGCUCGACAUUUAUAUAUGCUAGGACCGUGACCUUCAUAUGUGAUAUACUUUGUAUCACACCGUGGCGUUGGCGAGCCACAGUGUUUAGUAUUACAGCCAGUGCACCCAUAGUGUACGAGCCACGACCUCCUUGCUCCCAUGGAGCAACUUGGCCAAGUUCCUUGCACGUAGGUUUUUAAAAUUAUUACUGAUAGGGCAUAAUGUCCUAACAUAAUCACUGGAGAUGCGGCGCGGCUUGUUCCUUGGCUCUUGAGUAGGUUGGGCAUAAAGCAUACAGUUUUAAUUCAAACGUACAAGUGAAACUAGCACCGCAGCGUUAUUGGUGGCGACGACCAUUUACUCAGAAACCAUCACGCUAAGAACGAGGUGUUUUCAAGGCACCUUGUACUCAUCGGGCGAUAGUCAUGCGAGAAAUGUGACGCUGUUAUCUGCAGGCUGGCCGAUAGGACUCCAAGUUCUCUUGAGGCGUACUUACCCCUUAUAUCUCAAGUGUGCCGUUACACUUGAAAUACCUGUUCCUACCUCGCUAUUGGUCAAAGCUUUCCGAAUGCACUGCCACGUGCAUAACAAGGGAAACAUACGGGUCUUCCUCGAACGCUGUCGAAAACAUGCUGAUAGCACAGAUUCCAGCCAUUUGCUUGGCACGCUGACAUUUUCCCGCCUAAGAGAGGCCACUGCUUCGUCGCUUUGCGCACGCGCGCACCCACACGGGUACGAAGUUAGUAGCUGCCAAAAGAAGUUUCAUAUGUCGCUCGAAAAUUUAUCAUCAAAAAUGCUCAUUCCUUGAGUUAGUUGCCUGGUAUGUUAAGCAUGUCAUGUAUGUUAAGCAUGGUAUGUUAAGCCUCCCUGCUGUUAAGCAGGUCUACUUAAGUGUUAAGCUUCUAUACUUAAGUACAGCGCUACAACUGUUGCUGAAAUACACGCUCUUUGCUCUGGCAAACGGUGGAUCUGCAGUCAAAACUAAACCUCGGAUCAACAUCUCGCGCAAUAACACGCACUUAGAGAAAGCGCAGUACCCUGCGCAGUGUGCCUGGCGCCUCUGCAUUAUCAAGUAAACUGAGGUGACAGCGCAGCAAGAAAGAAAUAACAAUAAGUAAAUAAAAAUUUGCCUAAAGAAACAGAGACGAAGAAGGCCCUGUGUUGAGAGUAUUGGUGUUCUCCUUCUGGAAUUAUUUUUUAACUUUAAAAUCACUUACAGCAGCACCCAACCGAACUCGGCAUGACGCACCGUUUAGUUUUCGAGCCAUCAGCAAGCGUGACCUUGAUCUUCCUAGCCAAGUUUUUUUUAUCAGUCUGCAAAUAGACACAUGUCAUCCACUCGUUCGGCCACCAAUCCUGGACUAAGCCACUGUCUCUGGAUACCGUGCUUAACCAGGCCAGUCAUUCACUGAUUAUGACGGUCGAACAUAGAGGAGCCAGGCUCCCCCCCCAAAAAAACUGAAAAAGUGCAAGGUAAAACUACGGCGGGAUACGUAGACCAGUGAUAUUUUUCAUCGUAGGGAAGAACCUCAGCAGAGUUGGCGAAGUUUCGCUCAUGAAUUCUGUGCAACUGCAGCAUUGUAAUCGCUUAUAAUGUUACUCAUUGCGUGCUGCUAUCCGCGCCCUAUAAUCAGAACUCAGGUCAUCAAAAUGAACUAGUUAACGUGCCUUAACUGGGGUGGGUACCAUUGUUGCCUUUCGCUCGCAUCAUUUCGUCGCUUACUCACCAUUUGCCAGAAGUCACGUUUGAGACGUGUAGAAGCUUUAAUUUAUAUCUGCGUAGCACGACUUCAUGUUUACAUUUUGGCGUUCGUUUCAAGUUCAUACCGGUGGCCGCUGAACAGGUUGGACAAUUAGCGCAAUGUUGCGAAAGUUUCAUAAGUUAGCCAUUAGUGGUGGACAUUGUCAGCAUUGUCAUAGUGUUUGCGUUAUUUAUAUGUCAUAUUUCAGAAUGUCCCGGCGAGAAGCUCUGACGUGUUAGCAUGUGCGUUGCAUAUUCAUGAUUUCAUGGUGCUGUUUAGUUUCUAGGCUUAAUAGUAAGUUGUAGUGCGUAAGCCUGAGUGCAUGCAACCAUGAUCUCACCAUCAUGUAGAUUGCUCUGUCGUUCUGUACUGAAUGUAAAGUGGAAUGAAAAAAAAAAUGAAAUAGCUAAGUAUUUUUUUAAAGUGCACGAAUAAAACCCCUAUUUAGAAUUUUUUAUCACUAUGGCUUAAAUGCCUGUGAAAUACUUUGUUAUACUUUGGGACAUAUUGCACCAAAUUCUCUUGCCUAAACUACCCCUACCACACAGUAGUGCAUGUCGAGCGUGCAUUAAGGAAGACGAAAAUGCGAAAUGAAAUAUACAGGUA